AUAUUUUUACUUACUUGAACUUGCAAUUUUCUUGAGUUUAAUUAAAGUUAUUAAAAGUGUUAGAUUUGCAGUUUUUUGCAAUUUCUUCUCUGUUUCAAUCACCAUGGCGAAUAAUGUUGAAAAUUGUGAAAAAGUAUUGAUUAUUAAUCGGAAAAGGAAAUAUCGUGUUCCUAAAAAACAACUCUUAUCAGUGCCCUAUUUUGAGAAAAUGUUUAGUAGUGAUUGUGUGGAAUCGCAAGAAAACAAAGUUAAACUGGAUUUUGAUGAACGUGUUUUCGAUUCUAUCAUUAGCUGGAUUCUUUCUGGGCAGUUCAAUAUUCGAAUGGAAUAUGCAAUCAGUUUUUAUGAAGCAGCUGAUUACUUGAUGAUAAAUGAGCGCUUUUUAGAGCCAUGUCUUUCUCAUUUCCUCGAAAAUUUCACCAUUGAAAAUAUUCCAGUUUUGCUACCACAAGUCACUAAAGUGUCUAAAUUUUUUACUUCUGGAGUUAUCAACAACAUUUGUAGGCAUUUCUUGAUGAUCACCAACACGGAUAUUUUCUUGAAUUAUCCAGUUGAGACAGUUGAAGCUAUUCUCAAAUUGGAUUUGAUGGUCCACUCUGAAUAUCAAAUCUUUGAAUCAAUUAUGAAAUGGGUGUAUGAAGAUGUUGAAUCUCGAAAAGAACUACUUCCACGAUUACUGGCCUGUGUUCGUUGGGCUUUCAUGGAUCAUGAUGAUAUUUGUAAGAUAAAGAAUAAUGAAUUAAUCAAGGCUCUACCGAAUUUCGAUGAAAUUAUUUCGUCCAAUGGUGAAUGUGCAUUCGACCGAAGUGAUCAAAGCUUUUUUCUCACUAUCCACCAAAAAGCUGAUGCAACAUUGUUAAUAAAAAUACUAAAUAGUGAUUUCAUUUGUUUAUCGAUUGGUGAUUUCACUCAAGACGAUUCUAUAUCACUUGAAUUUGUCAAUGAAGACCAUGUUUCUGAUAUCCUCUUUGAUUCUGGAACAAAAGGUAUCCGAAUUGAUUGGAUUAAAAAGACGUUUCGAUGGCUUGACUUCAAAGGCAAGGUCAAGACUUACUACAGCAACUUAAUUAAAUUCCUGGUAGAGUUUUCAGAUAAUCUCAACUACCUUUGCUGCUACCUAGAAGAUGCAGACAAAGACAUUCCUGAAACAAUUUUCCCUGAAGAGGAACUGCUCCUUGAAUCUAAUGGUGUAUUCAUUUUAAUUGGUAAAACUAAAUGCGAAAAACAGUGGUUUGGUCUUUUUCCAGUUGCCAAGCACAGUUGGUUCAAUGAUUUUAGAGACCAAAAACAUUCGUUCCAUGCCACUGUCUUGGACAAUACUGUUUAUAUCUUGACAAAAGACCUCGAAUUUAUUCAGUAUGAUUAUGAAACUCAAUGCUUCGAAAAGAAUGAUGAAUUGAAAGAGGAAAAAUUCAAAUUCAAUGAUUUAAUACUAAUCUCUCAUAAAAAAAAUGAUGAAGUAAUUUUGGUCAACAAGGCAUCUGGAAAAGUUUAUGUUUUCUGUUCAGAUGAAGAAAAGUGGAUCGAGAAAUUCAGAAUAAUGAAUAUCAACUUAUGUACAGAUAGCUCCGGUUCUGAUAUUGAUAAGCUAGUUGCUUUUACAUCCACGUUUUUACCGAUGCAGUUCAUAGAGCCUUUGUAUUAUGAGAGUAGCGAAGAUUCAAUUUUAACUACCGACUGAACUCACAAUCAAAUUCUUGUUUAUUUCAUAUUUUAUUUUCCUUAUUUUAAAUUGAUAUGUAACAUGUAAAAUAUUUUCAUUGUGAUUGAAGAAACAAAUAAUUAACUGACGCUUCGUACGCUGAAAAUUCUAUGUGCUUGGUUGAAACAUUGAUACCAAUUUUUGUAAAUAAUGAUUAAAUGUUCACUUAAAUUUCAAAAAAAUUUACUGUUCAAACCAUACUGACCUUUGUCUCAUUCAAUCUAACCCUUUCAUUCGGUCCAAAAUGCAAAAAACACAUCGAUUUGGU